AUGUCCGUGAUAUGGAAUUUUUUGAUCGCCACCUUGUUUUUCGUGGGAUCCGUACAAUUCUCAAACACCGUUGUUGGACUUUCUAUAUCUGAAAAUGCUAUUGACUCAGUGGAUAAUGAAUGUCCAGAUGAUAGCGAUGGCAUGGUACAAGCUUCAUCGACCCCGGAUUAUUCCUCGGAAGCAACCACUCCUGCUGAAAAUGAGGAUGUGCCCGAACUCUCAGAAACAAUUGAUGAUGCUGAAACAGAAGAUAAACCAAUCGAAAGCGAUCCGGAAACUCCUCCAGAAGUAAGUGCUGCUACCGAAAGUUCCAAGUCGAACAAACAAGAAAAGCCCGAAUCGACCGAAAAAGUAUCUGACAACGUUGAAGGAACCACUGCUGCAUCCGGGCCAAGUACCUCCGAGGGGCCAGAUCUGCGAAGAACUUACUAUUCGGUAUCGGCGAUCAUUAACAAAGCCGGCAAGGCUUAUGACUUUCUGAAUGAUACGGCACUGAAACACGAAGUUCGAAAUUCCAUUCAGCAAUAUCUUAUCAACCCGGUGAUUAGGGGUACCGCCCCGUGUAAGUUUUUUUCCAAGAUCGAGAAAUGUUUCCAUUCAGUGGACGACGAUGUGAAGGUAGUGACGAUGGAAAGCGAAAACUAUUUCGACGAAUGUUGUCUGUCCAAUAGGAGAGAAAAUUGUGCAUACAAGAGCAGCCAGCGAGCAAAUGGAAACUAUACGGUUGUAACCGAAAAAAUUAUAAAUUGUACAGAAGACGGUUGUUUGAAGGAGCAGCGGGCACAAGAGAAGAAAAAUCGAUUCUUCUAAAUCAA